AUGUCAAAAACAGCAGAGUCUCGGGCGACCUUGACCUCGAUGCAGGCUUCACCCCGAGCUGAAGUUCAAGGGUCCAGUGUCAUGGAGUCGAAGGUCGCUGCCGCUUCAAGCAUCACCAAUUCGUCCUCCCCAGCUGGUGGCGGCAGCUCCGACCCAGUUUUUCAGAACUUCGAGACGCUAACAAUGACAGCCAAUGACACCUCGGAAACGAAUUCAAAAAUCUUGGGAAACACUUCCGCAGUCGUCGAGAGCGUUCAUACUCCUGUGACGUCAUCGAAGUCCACCGCCAUGUUGGAGCUGCUGAGCGCUGCAAGAGGCUUGCUCGACGGAACGUCGGAAGCGAGUCUCUUGGCUUUGUCGUCUGCGUCAUUGCCUGUCUCGUCUAGCACUAACCUGACGUCACCAUCAAACCUGACGUCUCACCUGGAGACCCCCGAGGCUUUCAAUAGUUCGGGGUCGACUGCGCUUGAGAUUGUUUCUCUUCUCGAUCCUGACGCAAGCCUCUCGAUACCGGCCACCCUGGGUGCAGAGGUCACGCAUCCUGGCGCAGUUUUGUCGCCGCCUCGUUCUGACGGCGCUUAUAAUCGAGACUUUGUUCACCUGGUUCAGAAACUGUCUCAGCAGCUCGACAUGUUGCUAGGAGACAGAGCUUUAACGAAGCCUCAUCUUGUGGGUCUUACCUCCCAACCCGUCGAAACGAGUCCUUCACUUCGUUCUGAAGAGCUCCUCGGCGAUAACCUGACCUCAUCUUUUGGGCUGGGAUCGGGAGAUGUUGGAGUUCAGAAAUCCAGUGAUUCCUUGUCUUCUUCCACUAGUGUGAACGUGUCAGUCCCUGAACUGGGAUUCGGUGGCCUACGCCCUCGGCUUCUAGGUAGCAUUACGUGGCAGGACGACCUACUGACAAACACGGUUAACCAGUCUUUACCAUCUCUCGUAAAUGGAGUUGAAGGCACCAAUCACCAACCGUCACAGUUCCUGAACUCGACAAAUACAACAUCACAGUCGGAUGGCGAGUUGCUCAGCGCCAAACAUAACAUUUCCACCAAGGAGAAAAUACCCAUUGCCCCAGCACAACCUUCACAACUGGGAAUAGGAUUGUUUGGAGAAAUGGAUGUUUUCGGCAUCUCCAAAAACAACAGUAACGAUUCAGUGGCAGCCCAACCAACGUUGACAAGUUUUGCUAACUCAAUUCCACGUUUUUCUAAGGAUUUGAACAGCGCAAUUGAUUUUUCAGGCCGUGAAUAUUUGGCCACUACGCCGUCCUCAAAGAUAGAGGCUGACAUUGUUGUUAGCUCUGCUUCAUCAGCGACUGGUUCCGCUCUGUCGCCAUCUAGCCCACUCACUUCGAUGUCACAAGAACUGGGCACAACCGAAGCCAGUCAAACAUCCUUCGCCGCUCAACGAUUGGUUAAUGUCCUGACGAUCCUCCUACAGAAAAACCCAGAAAUUUUUCACCUCAUUCGAGGACUAGACCCCGAUAAUUCUAGCACUUCUGCUUUUGCCCAUAACAUCCCCUUGACUUCGUUCAAUACACAAUCCAAAAGCAUUUAUAAUGGUACUCGAGAAGAUUCUUCACUAUCUAAUGUGUACAACAGCUCAGUCCUUGCAAUAAAGAGAGAAGAAGGCAAUGUUAGUGUAGAUGGUGUCAGUAAUACAUCCCAUACUAAGCCAGUCCAGGCGCAGUGGACUGACCACAGGUCGCUGGAGAUCAAACCCACUGCCACCCCUGGCAGCGCCACAGCUCAGGUGUUCUCCUACCCUCCAACCCCAAACCCCUUCGGUUCCACGCCGCCCCCCGCCGUGACCAACGCUCAGUACCUAGCCAUUGAAGAGUUUUACCACACGUGGUCGUACCUGAAAACUAGGGACCCGGACGUUCUGUCUCGUCUCCGCACUCUCUUGCAAAUGUUCGCUCUGCAGGUCAAGGUGGACCCCACAACGCUCACCCACCUCAGCAAGGAGCAGCUGCUGGCAGCGGGGAUCCCUGUGUCGUCAGCGAUGGAGACGAUGGCGGUCAGCACGGCGCUCCACUUGUUUGCCCAGGUCUACAAGCUGUCCAUCAGACAGGUUGUGGAUGUCGUCUCCGGGAAGCGGCCGUCGCAGAUCGCGCAGAUGGCGUCCGGAGCAUCUGCCACACCUGGGGCCGGCGCCCCACAGACUAACGCACAGUCCGCAGACAGCAGUCUCUCGGGCAGCGUGCCUCCAGGCUCCCUCAGCACCAGCAGCAACAGCAGCAACAGCUUUACGAUGUCACCCUUAGUCGGCGCGGCAGGUAGCAACGGAACGAUGAUACCAACAACGACAGCAUCAGCGAUGGUCGGCGAACCCACGGAACCAACCGAAGAGCCCGAACCCGGUGAUCCGGGCUUUCUUGACUUCCAUUUUAAACCAGGAUCCAACAUCACCCACAAACACGUCACCAUGCUGCGGGAAAUGAUGGGGGUGUAG